AGUUCGGGGAAGUAACGGGCAUGUGAUGCUUGUGCGGCACCUAGAACAACCUUGUCGGUUGCAGAGGGAAAUUCCGCCCCCUACCCUAAUACCAUCUAAACUUUGAUUUUUUUCCUCAUAUGGUUCUCACCGUCCAGCGCUGUGCUGACCCGUUAUCCUGAACAGACCCUACUUCACCUUCUCAUUUCCCUUUUUCUCUGUUAGGACUUCAGGGCUGGGAAAAUUGAACCGAGUCAUCCCAUCUGGCUUCCAUCCCGGGAACAGUAGCCCUCCGAGCCGCCCUGGACCGGCGCUCCAGCCCUCCCGCCGCCCGUCACCACGUGACCGCCGCAGUUCCAUGGAUCAAACACAGAGGAGAAUCCUGGACCAGCCCCUUUCCAUCCUCACCGCCCAGCCCAAGAAGAAAAGGACAUCAAUGAUGUCUUUCUUUUCCAAGGUCUCUUGGAAACUGAGGUUCCAGAAACGGGAGCCUCUGAAGAAUGUGUUUUUCAUCUUGGCAGAAAAAGCCCGUGACCCCAGUGCUAAAAAACGGCACAUGGCAAUGAGAGGCCUGGGAACCAUGGCCUGUGAGACCCCGGACAAGGUGAGAAAGUAUAAGAAAAUUGUCCUAGACCUGCUGGUACAUGGAUUGUAUGACCCUGUGAGUUCUGAAGUCAUCCAUGAGAGUAUGAAGACUCUGACCAUCAUCCUGGGCAAGAUCCAGGGGAAAGGUUUGGGCUCCUUCUUCAUAGACAUCACUCUUCAGACCAGGACUUUAUUAGAUGAUGAGAAUGACAGUCUGAGAUACUCGGCCUUUGUCUUGUUUGGGCAAUUGGCUGCCUUCGCUGGGCGGAAAUGGAAGAAAUUUUUCACCAGUCAGGUUAAGCAGACUCAAGAUUCCCUCCUGAUCCAUUUACAGGAUAGAAAUCCCCAGGUUGCCAAGGCUUGCAAAACAGCUUUUCGAGCCUGUUCUCCAUAUCUGAGACGAAGGAAGGAAUACAGCUUCCAGAGUGAAGAAGAUCAAAGGAACCCUAAACUCUGCCGGCAGCUGAGCCACUACCAUCCAGAGCUCCUGCAGUUCUUGUACGCAAAUAAAAUUCUGUAAACAGAGCAGCAGGCAAAUGAUUCCCCGGGAGCACAUUGCUGGGGGGCUGCUAUUCCCCCUCUUUUAACUCUUCAAAUGCUUCUGCUUGCCUCUUGUGAUUGUGAUAGAAAAGGGGAUGUUUGGAGAGCAAUUGAUGGCAAAAAUAAUACCGUAGAAUUGUGUAAUUACAGCCAAAGUAAAAUUCUAACUUGCUUUCAC